GUUGCAGCACUUGGUGGUUUUAUUUUAUUCUUUGGAUUUCUUGCAUUUAAUGGUGGGUCCCUUGGCUCCCUAGUCGGAACCGGAAACGGUGCUACAAUAAGUUUGGUCGUGGUCAACACAAUCAUCGCCGGAUCAUUUGGCGCAUUUUCCUGCAUGCUAAUUCACAGAUCUCCUAGAUUUGGCAGUGGGAAAUUCAGUUUGUUGAUGACCAUAAAUGGCGCUUUAACUGGAAUGGUGGCAACCUGUGCAUUGGUGAAUGCAAUGUAUCCAUGGACAGCCUGUAUUCUAGGACUUGGAGCCGGGCCUGUCUAUCAUAUAGUCUCGUAUUUGGUAAGACGGGUGGGAGUAGAUGAUCCUCUUGAUGCCGUGGCUGUGCAUUUUGGAGGCGGUGUAUUCAGCGUCCUGUCUCUGCCAUUCUUUCACAGAGAAAUUGGUAUAUUCCACAACUGGGACAAGAAAUCAGGUUUGGUUUUAGGUUUGCAGAUCGCUGGCCUCGGAACUAUCAUACUGUGGACUGCUGUAACAUCCGCACUACUUUUUGGUGGGUUGAGGUUACUGGGAAUUCUACGCGUCCCCGAGGAAGUUGAAAUCAAAGGACUUGAUAUACACAAGCAUGAACCGGCGUAUCCUGUUGAAGCAUAUGGUACAGGUCAUGUGGAGAAGUUGCUUCGGAUUGUCACAUCUGGUGAUAAAGAAAGAGCGAAACAAAUCAUCAAACAAAUGAGAGGCCGGUCAGAGGUGGGUUACAUGGAGAUAAAGGAUCAGGGUCCCUACGAAAAUCCAGAAGCUCACUGGACGACAGCAAAAUGUAGACCGACACAACAAGCUUCUCAAGAGAUUUGAUUGGACAAAACUUUUAAAUACAAAAUUUUAUAGAGGAGUUUCUAUAUUUGAGCCGCGUCAUGACAAAACCAACCUAAUGGGUUUGCGACCAGCAUGUAACCAGACCAGUCUGCGCAUCCGCGCAGUCUGAUCAGGAUCCAUGCUGUUCGCUUCCAGUUCCUCUGCUUGUUAUAGGGUUGGUAAGCUUCCUGAUCAGGCUGCGCGGAUGCGCAGGCUGGUCUGGAUCAAUGCUGAUCGCAAACCCACUAUGUUGGUCUUGUCGUGACGCGGCUCAUUUAUAUUCCAAAAUCGUGGUUUGAUCAAGAAAUUAAAGUGUACUUAUUUCCAGUUUUCAAUUUCUAUUUUGUAAAUUUAAAUUUGUUAGUCUUAGUUUAAAAAAAACUUAUAGAACAUCUCAUAUUAAGUUCUUUUUCUCGAAUUUAAAAUGGAAAAUACCAACCGCUUAAUGUUAUUUUACGUCAAUGUUUUGAUUUUUGGGACAAUUGAUUCAUACCGUUUACUGUUAAAGACUAAACCCCUUUUAAGCCGGUGCUGGGGACCUGUAGAUUUCCAUCAUUCUUUAUCUCUCUCAUGGACAGAGUGAAAUCAAACCGAGUCCACAACUUUAACCAUGUUGCUUUCGACCGAUUUAUCUUUAUAUAGAUGAUUAGUUUCCUCAAUCUUAAUUUGGCCAUAAAGUAAGCAAUACACACAAAGGACUGACUUUAAUAAAAUAGGAAAUUUUAGUUACCUUUGUAUAUUUUAGGACUGAAGCAUGAUUUUUCAUACUUUAUGCAUUAAGCAUUUGAAUCCGCAUUUACACAUUAAAGCUUCAUGGUAGUUAAAGAUUUCUUUCAACAUAGCAUUGAUUGAAUUAAGUGUUGUAUAAUACAUAAUUAUCGGUGCUAAAGACAUUAAUGCUUUAAGAUUAAUUAAAUUUAAUAAAGCACACAUUUUAGAAUAUAAUUAAAAACGUAUGUUAAUAUACAGAAUAUUUUUACAUGAUGUGU